UUCGGAGUUAAUCGAAGGAUGCACGGAAAGCCACAUAUAUGUGUGAUUAUCUAGGUAAACUUGCAUAAAGAAAUUCGGGUCAGUCCUUCUCCGAAUCCUUCCCCCCUUGUAUCUAUUUAUUUUAUUUUUUUUCCUUGCAAGCCGAAAGCUCUGGAUAGCGAGAUGAGAGCUGUGGGCGGAUUACUUUAAGUACCUCUCUAACCUUAGAAGCUCACAUCUAUCUUCUACAUCAAUUUAAAUUUAAUGUAGGCUAUGUAUCAUAUUAUAUUAUAUGACAUUAUAUUAUCUUAUGGAGUAGUGGACAAGGUCUUCAUCUGUUAAGUGAAUACAUCCGUUAACUGGGUAACUGAUGUCACACCCAACACGGCCGUCCGCGUAUUCGUUUCCGUAUAAUUCAAUACCCCAAGACGGCGAAUUUUCAAAAAUUAGCACCGUUCAAUUCUUGAUUCUUGUUUGAUAUCAACCCAUUGAGGUUAUCCCGGUUAUUGUUUAUAUCAUCGCCGAACGGACAUGAGAUAACGUAUUAAUUAUCGUUACCCCUCUGAAACCCACAGCGUUGAUGCGGGUGUUGGCCAGAAGAAUAGCGGUGCCUCGUAAUGGAGGGCUCCUAGCAGCGGCCGCCGUUCCAUCUCCCGGAGUGUUCAGUCUUCUCGCGCAACCAGCGCAUGAGUAUAUACGAUGGUCCUCGUCUACGUCCAGGUGGAAGCAGCGCCAGUUGGCUGACCAUUACACUCGUGAGGCUAAGCUUCAGGAUCUCAAGAGCCGUGCUGCGUUCAAACUAUUCAGUAUGGACGAGAAGUAUAAGCUGUUCAAAAGGGGACAGACAGUAAUUGACCUGGGGUAUGCACCGGGUAGUUGGUCUCAGGUCGCCCAUGAUCGUACAAAGCCAAAAGGCCGCGUGAUCGGAAUCGAUAUUAUCCCGGCGCAGCCGCCUAGGGGCGUGUCAACCAUCCAAGGCGAUUUCUUGUCUCCGGGCGUUCGCCAGCUCGUGAAGGAUUAUCUAGUCGAGUUCGCGGACCGAAGAAAUCCGUCUGAGCCAGACGUCGAAGACUCAGAGGAAGGCAUGAUCACUGAUAGACCGAGCUACAUCGAUACCGAGCGUGCCGAAUCAGUUGAGUCCAGCCACGAAGACCUUUCCCGAAACGGGGAGAGACUUGUUGAUGUAGUUCUCAGCGACAUGUCAGAACCCUGGCCACAAAUCUCUGGAUUCACUGUCAAAACGUUAGCUCAUGCAUAUUUCAGGAUGAUGAACACGAGCGGUAUGAGUUUCCGAGACCACGCGGGUAGCAUAGACCUCUGUCUUGCGGCCUUGCAAUUCGCAAGCGACACGCUCAAGGCCGGUGGCCACUUCGUUUGUAAAUUCUAUCAAGGUUCCGAAGACAAAGACUUGGAGUUGAAGCUCAGGAAGAUGUUUGAAAAGGUCUAUCGCGAGAAGCCCGAUGCCUCAAGGAGCGAUUCGCGCGAGGCAUACUUCGUAGCACUGAAGAGGAAGGACAAUGUUACUCUCUCAAGUAUCGAAAAUAGCUAAACUAAGAAGGUUAAGGCUCUAAAUAUAAUACACGUGCAUAUUAUGUUUGUAUAAGAGUG